AUGAAUCCUCCAUCCCCUGGCACUGGCUUGGUUGCAGUCACAGCAAGAUAUGUCCUCCCCAAACCACCACCCCCUCUCAGCGAAGGCUUGGAUCCCUACAUCAAAGCAACCCAAUGCGAGCAUAAUUUGCUUGUGGCCAAUGCUAUCCUUUUUGUCAGCGUAAAUUUGUAUGGAAUCUUUGUGAGAAUUUUGACAGAAAGGGCACAGAGGAAGGCUUUCCUUCAAGCCAGGAACUGCAUAGAGGACAGGCUGAAGCUGGAGGAUGAAAAUGAAAAACAGGAGCGACUCUUGAUGAGCCUUUUGCCCAGGAAUGUUGCCAUGGAAAUGAAGGAAGAUUUUCUAAAGCCACCUGAAAGGAUUUUCCAUAAGAUUUAUAUUCAGAGGCAUGAUAAUGUUAGCAUACUGUUUGCAGAUAUUGUUGGUUUUACCAGCUUGGCAUCCCAAUGUACAGCUCAAGAACUAGUGAAGCUUUUGAAUGAACUCUUUGGGAAGUUUGAUGAAUUAGCAACUGUGGGGAGUUUCUUUGUAAUAACUUGCAGCAGUGGUUUGGGCAGAAAGGAAUCCAACACAAAACUACAAAUCCCAGAUGUCCUGCGGAAGAUGGUUUGGCUGAACGUAGGAUUGGAAAACCAUUGCAGAAGGAUAAAAAUCCUAGGAGAUUGUUACUACUGUGUAUCAGGACUGACUCAGCCCAAAACAGAUCAUGCACACUGCUGUGUUGAAAUGGGAUUGGAUAUGAUUGACACUAUCACAUCAGUAGCUGAAGCCACUGAGGUAGAUCUGAAUAUGAGAGUUGGGCUGCACACAGGAAGGGUCCUUUGUGGUGUCCUGGGUCUUCGCAAAUGGCAGUAUGACGUCUGGUCAAAUGAUGUGACUCUUGCUAAUGUAAUGGAAGCUGGAGGAUUGCCUGGGAAAGUUCAUAUAACAAAGACCACAUUAGAGUGCCUAAAUGGUGACUAUGAGGUAGAACCAGGGUUUGGCCAUGAAAGGAACAGUUUCUUGAAGAAGCAUAAUAUUGAAACCUAUUUCAUUGUGCCAUCUCACCGAAGGAAGAUUUUUCCAGGGCUUAUCCUGUCAGAUAUAAAGCCUGCCAAAAGAAUGAAGUUCAAGACUGUCUGUUACCUACUGGUCCAACUCAUGCAUUGUCGGAAAAUGUUCAAAGCUGAAAUCCCUUUCUCCAAUGUCAUGACUUGCGAAGAUGAUGACAAGAGAAGGGCAUUAAGGACAGCCUCUGAAAAACUCAGGAAUCGUUCUUCUUUUUCUACAAAUGUUGUGUACAACACUCCUGGAACUCGAGUGAACCGAUACAUUGGCCGUUUGAUAGAGGCCAGGCAAACUGAGUCAGAGAUGGCAGACCUACAUUUCUUUACCCUGAAAUAUAAACGGAUUGAACGUGAGCAAAAAUAUCACCAACUUCAGGAUGAAUAUUUCACCAGUGCUGUAGUCUUGUCACUGAUUCUAGCUGCCUUAUUUGGCCUUGUCUACCUUUUAAUAAUCCCACAGAGUACUGUAGUCCUUGUCCUCUUGGUGUUCUGCAUAUGCUUCCUGGUGGCAUGUAUCAUGUACUUACAUGUCACUCAAGUACAAUGUUUUCCAGGGUGCCUGACAAUACAAAUUCGAACAAUUUUGUGUAUCUUUAUUGUGAUCUUAAUUUACUCCGUGGCACAAGGCUGUGUGGUUGGUUGUAUGCCAUGGGUCUGGAAUACUAAUUCUAGCAGUUCCAUAGUUAUCAUUUCUCCUAGUGGAAGAAAUAAGACAAUGAAUGAACUUCCAUGUGAUGCAGCCCAUUAUGCAUUUCUCUCCUGCGUUGUGGGGACUCUUACCCUGGCAAUAUUUUUACGCAUAUCUUCCUUGCCAAAAAUGAUGCUCCUUCUUUUUGUUACAAUUUUGUACAUAGUCAUUUUGGAACUCAGCGGAUACCGAAAAGCAGUAGGGGGUGGCUCCUUUUAUAUACGUGGCAAUGAACCCGUAUUAGCCAUAUUGCUGUUUUCCUGUGCUUUGGCACUUCAUUCCAGGCAGGUGGAUUUGAAGCUACGUCUAGACUACCUCUGGGCUGUGCAGGCAGAAGAAGAAAGGGAUGAUAUGGAAAGAGUAAAACUGGAUAACAAACGAAUUCUCUUCAACUUAUUGCCAGCACAUGUUGCUCAGCAUUUUCUCAUGUCUAAUCCAAGAAACAUGGAUUUAUAUUAUCAGUCAUAUUCACAAGUGGGAGUAAUGUUUGCUUCCAUUCCAAAUUUCAACGAUUUUUACAUUGAACUGGAUGGCAAUAACAUGGGAGUGGAGUGUUUACGCCUGUUAAAUGAAAUCAUUGCAGAUUUUGAUGAGCUUAUGGACAAAGAAUAUUAUAAAGACAUUGAAAAAAUCAAGACAAUUGGCAGCACAUAUAUGGCGGCAGUAGGACUUGUACCAACUACAGGCACUAAGGCAAAGAAAUCCAUUUAUUCCCAUCUCAGUACACUCGCUGAUUUUGCAAUAGAAAUGUUUGAUGUUCUUGAUGAAAUCAACUAUCAGUCUUACAAUGAUUUUGUUCUUCGAGUAGGUAUUAAUGUAGGCCCUGUAGUAGCAGGUGUUAUUGGUGCCAGAAGACCACAAUAUGACAUCUGGGGCAACACUGUCAAUGUUGCUAGCAGAAUGGAUAGUACUGGAGUGCAAGGUAAAAUUCAGGUUACUGAAGAAGUCCAGCGGAUAUUGAAAUCCAGUUAUGAGUUUUUAUGUCGAGGUAAAGUCAGCGUCAAAGGCAAAGGUGAAAUGCUGACCUAUUUUCUUGAAGGAAAGGCCAAUGGAAGUAAUUCACAAUUACGAUCUUUAAUCUUAGAGAGGAAAAUGUAUCCUUAUGGAAGAGCAAACAUUCAAACCAAACUAGGCACAAGUUGUCCAUCUGUGUCCUCAUCCCCCAGCCUUUCAGGAAACGCUGGGGCUGGAACGCUUCAGCUGCCUUCAGGCCACACUAAUCAAACACUCCAUUAUCUUCCUUCUGUGCCAGCCAUAAAGGAGACAUGAGAGCAAUGAAAAUACUGGUGAUGCCAUUUGCAAUGAAUUUGGAGAACAGAGGUCACCUGAAUUUUUCACCGGAAAGCUUAAGGCUACAGGUUUUGGUGUAAUUCAAGAUGUCUACAACCCAACCAAAGAGAAUUUGGGAACCGUGUAGAAUGGAUCAAAUAAGGGCUAGCAAUUUUAUUAGGAAGAGUCAACUGCUGUUUUGGUGAAGAUGCCGAAUAUUUUAUCAGCAGUCUCGAAGGGUAAAUUGGGUAACUGAAAACAUGAUGCAAGUGAGACUGAAUAUUUGCAUAUUUAUAUAUAUAUUUGUGUGUGUGUGUUUGCAUGCACAUUCCUGCAUGUGUGUGGCAGACAUUGUCAAUAUUCAUGGCUGAAAUUUGACAAUCCUUGCAUUGGCAAUUGUAAACAUUCACUGAAAAAUACAGGUUGAGGUUUUCUUACAUGGAAUUCCAAAAUUUGAAAUACUGAAGGAAAAAAAAACCCAAAACUUCAUGGGUGGC